GGCUCGUUUCCAGUUUACAAACCAUUGCCAGGGAACCAGGGCUACAACUGCAGUGGGCCUGCAUAAACUGGUACAGAUGCAGGAUGGGAAAGGAAAAGGGUGGUAUCACUUAUUGUUACAACAGACAUCUGGUGGCCUAGAGUUCUUGCCAUCAGCCACCGAGUGCAAGAGAACUGUCUGGUGCCUACGUGUGUUAAGUGGCCACCUCUGGCCUCCUUGUUCCUCUUCCCCUCCCCUUGGUCUUGCUCCAGGGCCACUGAGGUUUGUGAUUGUCCACAAGGGCUGCAUUUACUACUUUAAGAGCAGCACAUCUGCAUCUCCCCAAGGUGCCUUCUCACUGAAGGGCUAUAAUAGGGUUAUGAGAGCAGCGGAGGAAACAACGUCGAGCAAUGUAUUUCCUUUCAAAUUGGUCCACAUUAGCAAGAAGUACAGGACCUGGUUUUUUUCUGCUGCCUCUGAAGACGAAAGGAAGGACUGGAUGGCCUCACUUAGGAGAGAAAUAGAUCGCUACCACGAGAAGAAGGAAACGAUCGCUGACUUAAGUGACUCUGGAUCAGAUGUUGACAGUUUCUAUGGCUCAAUAGAACGCCCAAUUAACAUCAACUAUUCUCAGCAUUCAACAGAAAAUUCAGAUUAUGACCAGGAUGAAGAAGAAGAAUACUUACAGCCAGAUAAUGCAGACUAUGAAGAUCACACAGCCCUUCCACCAGCAUACCCCCCUCCUCCAGUCCCACAGGUGGGAAAGGCUUCCUACUCAGAGACCCGGGCACGCUUGCUGUCUGCCAAGAGCAGUGUGGCUGUGCUUCCGCUGCCACCCCCCAAGAAAAGCUUACCUGAUGUGAAGCCCGAAGCUCUCCUGUGUAUGAGAGGUGACCUUCCUUUUCCCUACCGAGCUGAAUGUCCUGUGAGACCCCAGCUGACGUGUCGGCAAACAAGCGGCCCAGGAUCACCUGUGCCUCCUCUUCCUCUAGCCAGGAAGCCCACCGGCCUCGUACAGACUGGCUCUCAACCAGCUGCACAUCUGUCCAUCACCCACACUGCAGCUACUUCUGAAGACAGUGAGAAGCUAAAAGUCUUAAAGCUUUCUGCAAAAGGUCCACCUCCACUGCCAAGCAGCAAGCCCAGAUGGACGCACUCUCCUGUGAUGUCUGCAAAUGCCAAACCGCCGAGGGAAUGUGGCAAGCUGGUACUGUCUAAAUCUCAAGGGUCUGCUGAGAAGCCACCUGUGCCUUUAUCCAAACCAGAGAAGCCUUCGCCUCCACAUUUAGGUUCUGUUUCUGCUAGGAGAUCCCCCCCAGAUGGGCAGAGCUUCCGAGGUGCCUCGUUUGAGAAACCAGCAGUACUUUCAAAACCAGGCGUGUCCGGCACAGACUCAGAUGAUGACUAUGAGAAAGUUAAACUGCCUAAUUCAGUAUUUGUCAAUACAUCCGAUUCCCUUGAAGUUGAAAGAAUGUUCAAAUCUGAAAAUCUGACAGGGCAUCCAAAAACUGGAUUAUUCUGCAUUAGGAACUCAUCAACAAAAACUGGAAAGGUACUAGUUGUGUGGGAUGAAUCCAUUGAGAAAGUGAGAAACUACAGAAUAUUUCCACAGCAGGACUCAAAGUUUUACCUGGAGUCAGAUGUGCAAUUCCUAAGUCUCGGAAGUCUGGUUGAGCACUACUCCUGCCACGUCUUGCCUGGCCACGACAAUCUGAUGCUCCGGUUUCCUUAUGGCUAUUCUGGGCCAAGGUGACGUUCAUUAUCUGCUCUGCAAUGUCAACAUGCAGGGGAAUACGGAAUCAGACGUGUUUUCAGGCCCCAUAAACUGACCACGGAUUCCAAUAAUGGACUUUAUUUUUCUGUCCUUUCACAUGGCCUCUGGGGCAGUUUCUGAUUAUGGUUCUCCUACAGACUGUGGAUUUACUGAAGAAAUCACCUGGUACCCUUCUUCAGACUGGAUUGCUGGAUAUCAUGUAUUUAAUAGAUCAGGUCACAUUGCCAGAAGAGGACUGAUACAGUUUGGUGCAAUGGAAACUUUGCAAACCUGGCUCUUCAGCAGAACUGCUGCUUCUGCUUCUCUAAGCAUGUGGUAUGAGGCU